GUCUGAAUUUUUUUUCCACUAUGGGAACGCCACACGUGGCGACAGCAAAGAAAGCCAGAGCCAUUAGAAUUCAGAAGUUGCACCCAAUGCGAUGCGAUUGGUAGUGUUAGGGCAAAAUAAUGGCGGGAGCUACUCCGUCCUGUGUUUUCUGUGCGAUUGCCGCCAAAUCCACCUCUAGCAAUACUCUUCUUUACUCCGUUCGUCUCUCUGACGAUAAGGUUGUUGCUUUUCAGGACAUUAAUCCAUCCGCUUUCAGGCAUUACUUGGUUGUUCCUGUGGCGCACAUUCCUACUGUUAAAUAUCUUCAGAGGAAAACUGACGACUAUUCUUUGGUGAGUCACAUGUUAGAGGUGGGGAAGACGUUAUUAAAUAGAGAUGCACCUCAGUCCCAGCAGUACAGAUUUGGCUUUCAUCAGCCUCCGCUGAACUCUGUUAACCACCUACACCUCCAUUGUUUGGCGCUACCAUAUACACCCAGAUGGCGAUCUAUAAAAUACUUGUCUCUUGGACCACUUGGCUUCAUUGAAGCAGAGAAGUUUCUGGAAAAGAUAAAGCCAUUGUCAGUUCAGUCAAAAGUAUGACGGUCUGUUUGAUUUCCGGUUACCCCAACGUGAUAUUGCUUUCCGAUUGAAGAUCAACUGUCCAGAUUAAUUAACUUGCAAAGUAGACACCACCAACAGAUGUUCUCCUGCAGCAACAUUUUUGUCUGCUCACGAAACAUGGUUUGCAGUUAAAACAAUCAGAGCCUAGUUAACUUGGAAGUUACUGGUUAUAGUUAUAUUUGGUUUUUCAUCCUUCCAGGAUGCUAGAAAGAUUGGAUCUCAUUCAAACUUACCUCUGUUCGGUUUGAUGACAAGCAAAGUUUGUAGUUACAGUUAUCGAUUUGGAUCUGUUGAUCAUAAUGCCUGAUAUGAUAUCUUGACUUUCAUAAGAAAAACAAUAAUACUGGUAACUGCUAUACAUUGUAACACAAGCCCUACUGACAGAUAUUUAGCAUAACUGCUUGUGUUGGAACUCCAGAUACUGUGGUGGUGAGUUUGAUAAAUUACCAUAUUAUGAUAACACUAGCAUAGGCAAAUUAUCUUUU